AGAUAAAUUUUCCAUAGGCCAGUGCUUAUCUGCCUGGCUUCCUGGUUGACUGGGAUUUAAGCUAUACUGGCUUGGACGACACAAGCAGUUGAAUCGUGUGAACUCACAUGAGCACUCAGCAAGAACAUGGGGAAUUACUGAGUUUUUAUCAGAGGAAAGCAGACAAAAUUUUAUAAGAGGAGAAACGCAAAAGCAAAGAUAAUGAAUCAGAAAAGUGCUGCCAAGCUCCUGGAGAAGAGUCCGUUCUCUGUCGGUGCCCCAAGCCCCCUGCUCCCCUCGCCGGCGAGCCUGCAGCUGGCGCAGCUCCAGGCGCAGCUCACGCUCCAUAGGCUGAAGUUGGCUCAGACCGCCGUCACCAACAACCCGGCCGCCGCCACCGUCCUCAACCAGGUGCUCUCCAAAGUGGCCAUGUCCCAGCCGCUCUUCAACCAGCUGAGGCACCCCACGGUGAUGAACGCGCCGCAGGGCCACGCCGCCGGCCCGCCCCAGGGGCCCGGCAUUGCCGGCACCAGGUUCCCCUCCGGCGGCAUUGCCUUUCCUGCCCAGAGCCCGGCCUUAGCCGCCCCGGGGGGAGGUCUGGGAGCCGUCCAAGCCCAGGCUCCCAAUGCAAUUGUCGUGAAUCCCUUUGGAAAUGUCAUGGCUCCGACCUCCGGCCAGCAACCCGUGGUGGUGGGUCUCAACAAGGCAGAUGCUUCCACAUCUACUGCUGCAGGGGGCUUUUAUGAGUACAACAAGCAAAACGCCGUCACUGCCUCCUCUCAGGCGUUCGCCUCUGAGGGGGAACAGUCCAGCCAGCAAGGCUUCCUCGCUGGUGGCACCCAUACUGCCACCUCAGCUGCAGGGCCGCGCUACGAGAGUCACUUCGGGGCUCCCGGCCAGGUGCAGCAUGAGGCGGCAGCGGCAUUUCCCAAGGAGUCCUACGGGGCGGCGGCACAGCAUGGGGCGGCACGGGCCUUCCCUAGCGACCCACACACAGGCUCCCAUCCGAAAGGAGAUCCCGGACCUGUCCUGCAUGGCAGCAGUACAAGCAACCAGUGGGAAAAUAUCCCUAAUUUCCCCAGCCAAAACAAGUCUGACCUCAUGCCCGGCGACAGCCUGUGGCCGUCAGCGAGUCAGCAGCAGUAUGAAAUAAGAAACGAGCUGUACAACCCCGAAGAGCCGACACCUGACACAAAGUUCAGCACGGCCGCCCCCCCCGCCUUCGGCCGCCUCAACCACAGCGCACAGAGCUUCGGCAGCCCUUGCCUGAGGCAGAAGGAGGAGCGCAGUGGCGGCACGCCCGAUCUGCCCACCCGCUCCCUGCUGCCGCACCAGCUAGGCGACCUCCGCGGCGUGGCCCCUCUCCACUUCCCCCACGUCUGCGCCCUGUGCGACAAGAAGAUCUUCGAUCUGAAGGACUGGGAUCAGCACAUUAAGGGAAGUCUUCACAUCCAAAAAUGUAUGGCUUUUUCAGAUAACACUGGUAUCCGGUGUAUGUUAAGCUCAGCAGAUGGAACAUUGCAUUUAUCAGCAAAUAAUGCAGCAGUUUUCAAUCCAUCUAGUAUCGAAGAUUAUCCAUCAAAUGUUGGCACAUCUUUUAUCGCUACACCAGCAAGAUCCUUUGGCCAGCCAGGUCCUACAUUUUCUUCUCCUCCAUCAGGGUUUCCCCAGAGGAAAUCUACACUGGGUCGAGUUGUUCACAUUUGCAAUCUCCCCGAGGGAAGCUGCACAGAGAAUGAUGUCAUUAACCUGGGCCUCCCAUUUGGAAAGGUCACCAACUAUAUCCUCAUGAAAUCUACUAAUCAGGCCUUUCUGGAAAUGGCUUACAGUGAAGCAGCCCAAGCCAUGGUACAGUACUACAAAGAAAAACCUGCUAUGAUAAAUGAUGACAAGUUACUUAUUAGGAUGUCUAAAAGAUACAAGGAAUUGCAGCUGAAGAAACCAGGUAAGAAUGUGGCUGCUAUAAUCCAGGACAUCCACUCACAAAGAGAGAGGGACCUGCUGCGUGAAGUGGACAGCAGGUAUGGCACGGACAGGCCCCGCUCCCGCAGCCCCAUAAGCCGCUCACUGUCACCUCGAUCCCACACGCCCAGCUUCACUUCCGGCAGUUCACCCCACAGCCCGCUGGGGACCAGCAGGACCGACUGGGGAAACGGGAGAGAGGCUUGGGAUCAGUCCCCCUAUUCUCGACGGGAAGAGGAAAGAGAUAGCAGAGAAUGGCGAGAGAAUGGGGAUGAGAAGAGGGACAGGACUGACACGUGGGUACACGAGAGGAAACAUUAUUCCCGACAACUGGACAAGUUUGAUUUGGAUGAAAGGCUUGAAGGAGGCAGAGGACACCGAGAAAAAUACUUAAGGACUGGUUCCCCUGGGUCUCUUCACCCUUUAUCUGGCUACAAGAACAGGGAAGAUGACUAUUACCGAAAAUCCUCUAAGUCAAAAUCUGACAAGUUUCAGAGGCAGCUGCAGGAUUUACCUGGGAGAUCUAAGAGAAAGGAAGAGGCAAAGUUAAGGGAACGCAGGCAUUCUUACAGCGAGGACACUGCCAGGGAGGAGGCAGCUGAACAGAAGCACGGCAAAGUAUCUGAAGGCUCCAGGCAAAAACAAAGUGAUAAGAAUAAAGUGAAGAAAGCUGAAAAAGACCAAGAAGAUGCUACUGCUGAAGGCAGUGAUGUGAAGGAAACCAAACCUCCUGAGGACGAGCUUGAAAAAGAGCAGCAAGUUCCAGAGAAGAGCUCACCUUCAGAUAAUAAGCACGGAAAAGAAUCCGGAGAGAUUCUGGAAAACACAAGGAAGGAGAAGGACCGAGACUGGGAGAGUGGAAGUGAAAUAGAAGGUGAGACCUGGUAUCCUGCUAACAUGGAGGAAUUAGUGACAGUAGAUGAAGUGGGAGAAGAUGAUUUAAUUAUGGAGCCUGAUAUAACAGAGCUUGAAGAAAUAGUCCCACUUGAUCAGAAAAAUAAAGCUGCUUCAGAAAUGUGUCCCUGUAUGUCAGCUGUGUUAGAACUGAAAAAUGAUCACGGCCACUUAACCAGGAGUGAAGACAAAUUUGCCCAUAAAGCUUUAGAAACAAACUUCAAAACAGCAAAGGGCAGUGCAGCUUCUAGUGGCUGUCAGGAAGAUGAUGAGGACGAUGAUAACGAUGAUGCUGUAACUGAAGCAUCAAGCCUAAAUCUGGACCCUGAAGACAAGCCAGAGGAAUUGAAAGAAGACCAAUCUGCUAAGGAGUCUGAUUGCCAGCAGAAGGAAGGAAAAAUUGAUAAGAGCUCUGACACUCGUUUAGAGCCUGAAGAUCGCCAUAUACCUUCUGUUCAUCUGAAAGAAGAGAUUCUCCAGCUCCCUGAUACAUUUAUAGAUGAUUACAAACAGAUGGGAUCACAAGGAGCUGAGAGCAGAGAAGUAACGGAAAUGCUCCUUAAAAACGCUAGUGAAGAAACAAGACAUGGAAGCCAAGAGUGUCCAGAGGCCAAGGCAAAUUCUAGGUACUUGGAAAUGAGAUCUCUGGAAUACCCGGAGGUAGAGUCUAAACAAAAGCCCUCGGCACCAGGCUGGGAACAAGAGGACGUCUUCACCGAGCUCAGCAUUCCCCUGGGUGUGGAAUUUGUGGUGCCUAGAACCGGAUUUUACUGCAAGCUCUGUGGACUCUUCUACACAAAUGAAGAGACAGCAAAGACAAGUCACUGCAGGAGUACUGUUCACUACAAAAAUCUCCAGAAGUAUCUAUCCCAGCUUGCAGAAGAAAGCCUGAAAAUGAAGGAAGAAGGCAGCCCUCUGCCUCAGGAUGACACUGGCAUUGUUCCUCACUUUGCAAAGAAAAAACUGUGAUGUAGAUGAACUGGAAGAGCUGUAAUGAGUGAAUGCUGAUACUUUUUUUUUUUUCUUAAUUUCUGUGAUACAACUGUCAAUUUGCACUGUACAGAGGAGGGGAAAUAAAGAGCAUGUUCCAUGCAUCUAUGCCCAGAGUGCCAUUAAAAACCAAAAUGCCUGAAACUGUUUCCCACGGUGAAGCAAUGCUGGCAUAUCUGUUAGAAGUGGAGCAAUUCUUUCUCACACUCUGCGUGCUGGGAGUGGUUUCCUAGAUUAAAUCAGAAUUCUCAGGGAUUCUUAAAGUUUUAGUUCUGAUGUAACACGUCAGGUCAGGUGGAGUACUUAGAAGCACUCAGCAUCCAGUGGACGCUGGAAGGAAAGGAGAUGUGACUAUAAAUAGGCGUUAAUGUUGCUUAAAAUAUCUUCAGCCAUUUCACUCAUUGCCCCAGUGAGAAGUAGGAUUUGCAUAGGAUAUCUAAAACCAUUGUGCUAAAACUAGUCAGCAGAUGGCAUAAUGUAAACCCCAUCAGCACCCACCUCCAUGUCUUAGAGCUUGGUGAAAUGACAAAAUGUUUGUGUUGUCAGGCACUGACUGUACACUGCCGGUGUUGUGCAAAUUCCGAGGGAGCCACAGUCUGUCCCAGGGACCUCACAGCCUGCAGCCAGCACAGCAAGGGCAGUUCAAACACAUGUGCUGACAGCCAGCUUGCUCUGGUUUCAGCAUUUUCCAUGGUGUGGCCAGGGUGUUCUCCAGGGACCGUUGGGUUUGAAACUCUUCUUUUUGAUAAUUCUAGAGGGUGCCAACUUUGAGUCUUACAGACUUGAAACUCUCAUGAGAGGCUUUUUAAAGUGCCACAUGUUUGGACCACAUCUCUUUCAGACAUUUUAUUCAAGAUCCUUGCUUUUGGGGUCUUUUUGUUUUCUUUAAAGCUUGCUUUUCCUCAGCUUGGCAACGUUGAAUUUUCCUGGUUUUUAUGGCAUGACGCCAGACUUCUAAUCUUGUUUUUGUAUUUUAUUUCCCUGAAUUUUUUAAGGUGAAUACAACAACUGAUGGCUCAUGGAGCGCUGCACAGAGAACACAGGAUGCACCAGCAGCUCUGGCAUUAUUAUGAGCUAUUGUUUCUGCACAGUUGUUCCUUAGUAUUUUGCAAAGUCCCUUUGAAAUGCACUGUACAAGUUUCUGGUUCAUUUCGAUAGGGCUUUGUGUACUAAAGUGAAUAUGCAGGCAAACCAUUGCCAGGAUUGAUCCCAGAGUUUAUAAAAUGUCCCGUGCAAGCUGGGCAGAUGGGGAUUUGAAGGCAUUUCCAUUCUUUGCCUGACUCUAAUAUUCAUCACAGUAUGUUCUGUAAAAAUUGCUAGUACUGGAUGUCCUGUUUAGAUGUUGUGCAGAGGAAAUAGUUUCCCAGAAGGUUCUAGCUAUCCUUAAGAAUGACAGGGAUGUUGCACAAUAUUGCAAAGUGGCUAAAUUGCCAAAACUGCUUCCACCAAAGUAUUUGUUCCAUAAUGCCUUGUGCCAGCAGCUGUGGUCAUUCGCUGAAGUACCCUGUAGCCAGGCAGUGUCUCAGAGGUGCCUGAAGCCCUAUUCCAUUUCAUGGCCUGUGCUUUCCACUCAUUUUUACCAGAGGCAGGUUCAGAUUUCAUAUUUGGAAUUCCUGCUUCUUGCAAGUUGAGGGAUUCUUUGCAUCCCAGAUUCAGACAGAGCCUACCAAAACACAAGGGGAAAUGAAAAAUAUUACAGCCUGAAUCCACCUUUGUCCAGGCUUGAAGUAUGUUAAGACUUGUGUCCGUCUGUCAUUAAAACAGCUAGUUUUGUUUUGUGGCUCUUUUUUUUUUUUUUUUUUUUUUUUUGGGGGGGGGGGGGGGGGUUGUUUUUUUUUCCCCUAUGGAGAAGGAAAAAACCAUCAAUAUUGCAAACCAGGUAUUUUUCCUUCAAGGGUUGGGUUUUCCUUUGACUGUUUGUUUUUCACAUUGCAGUGAAACUUGAGCACAGGGCUAUUAGGACAAGAGCUUGUAUUGCAGGCUAUAAGAUGAUGAAAAUGGCAGUAAAGAUUGUGCAAUUGUCUUCUAAAGUGCAGCUCUCAAGCUGGUCAUGUAUCAUCUGAAUAUGAAGUUCCCUUCAUGCCCUUCAGCAGAAACUGAAUGCAAGGGAAGGAAAUCACUACAAAUGCAAGCAUCAAAUCUUUGAAGCUAACCCUGCUAUCAAACUGGGUCUCUCACCAGCCUAAUGGGAGCUUGUUAGACCAUGUGGUUAAGCUUAAUUGGAUGUGAGACAUAGCUGACUGUAUAUCAAAGUCAUAUGCCUCCAGCAACUUUAUCCCCAGGUAACCUCAAAUGAGAAAAGCAUCACAGUUAUUAUUCUUUAUUUGUAUCGCAGCAGAAGCUACAGGUCCACUGCCUUUAUUAUAGGCAAGGCACAAAUCCACAACAAAGACUUUCCCAGGCCAAAGAGCUUUAAAUCACACUUUCUGAAAGCAGACAACAGGUGGAUACAGGCAGGCAGGGAAAGCAGCAGGUAACCAUGAGAUUUUGACUGGCAGCAGAAGAAUAAUUAAAAUGAGUGUUUACCCAGGGGCUUAUUUUUGGAUUUAUGGGAGAUGAUUCAAACUACUUUACCCCUCCUCUGGUUCUGAACCAGGUUCACUCCCAUUAUUCACAGCUUGCAUUUAACCUCGGUUUUUUUCCUGGACAGUUGCAUUAGGAAUGCAAAAUUCCCUCUUGAUACAGUGGGUCUUGGUAUCCUUCAGCCCCCAGUCAUUUAAGUUUCAGUCUCAGAGGUGGAGACUUGACUGAGGCUCAGCAGGAAAUGUCCUGGCUCCAGAUAUCUUGUUUGGGUCACAGCUACAGGCCCUUGCUUGCCACCGAGAAAGGAGGCUCUAGAUGGCAUCUCUGCCCUGUGCAGUUUCCUCUUCUGGAGGGAGAUGACUCAGGUGAGCGAUGCAGGUGCAGAGCCCAACCCCACAGACGUGAUCAGAGCCAGACAUUUGUAGAGGUGGUUUGGACACCCCAUCCCUUUGGGCUCUGCCCUGACAAAACAGCAACCUGCAAAAUCCUGGGAACAGCAAAAUGGGCACUUCCCCUUCUGAGGAGGUCCUUUUCUCCCCUAAAGCUCAACACUUGAAAGCAAUCCCAAGUCUCAAGUAGCUCCUAAUGAUGCCCAUGAUCACUUUUCAGCCCGAUGCACUUUGAGAACUCAGAGAUAAUCUCUUUCCCUCUCCAACAGGCCAUUAUGUAAUGCUGACAGGCACUCAACUCCUCAACUUCUCUCUACUACCUAUUCUGCUGAGGAAGAAUUCUGCUGUAGGCAGCCCUUUACCUUCCUCAGCUUAUGUAAAAAUGUGUUGUUUCUCUUGGUUUAUUAUAUUUAAAAUCUUGACUUUUUUUAGUUGGCAUAAUUCAUCAUCACUAUAAUCCACGCUGUUUAUAUAUAUAUAUAUAUAUAUAGCACAAAGCAGGCUCAGGUCUAGCCAAACAAAUAUUGAUAUUUAAAAAGGAGCUUCCUUAAUAUAUCAAAACUAUUUCAAUACAUCUCAACCAAAGAUUGCACUUUUAUAAUAGGGACUAUGUUUUUCAUCUCUGUGAAAUCUGUAUUCAUCUCAAAUAGUCUUUAAUGGCAAUCUGCAACCUACUUUCUUUGAAGAAAAAAAUGAAAGAAUUAAACAUUUUCCCCAUUAGAUCAGACAAAGUUUCACAUUGGCUUUAACACUAAAUUAGUGUUAGGCUGGUUAUAUUCAGGGUUUUUUUCUAUUCUCUAAGGAUUAAGGCUGUGAUUUGUUGAAUUAUACUUGAACUGGACCAGAUGUACUAUUUAUUGAGCUUAUAUAAUCUUGUUAAUUUAAGUUUUGGUUUGUAAACAGUUGAAAUUUGUUAGUACUUGUUUAAUUAUGUAGGAACUGUCACCAGUAUUAACUGAUCUGUGUAACUGAUUGCAAAGUGUUUCAAUUUGUGUUUCUUAAGAAGAAAGAUUUUAAUAAAGAGAAUUAUAAAGCAUA